ACCUCGAAAACUGACGAAGAAAACUCGCGUAGAUCCUACCACACGCCGUUCACGCGGUUCUCCCCGCAUUUGUCAACGAUCUCGGAGUCUCCGCUAUCGGGGCUGCACCGGUACUCGCCGGUGUCGGUUCCCAGCCACAUCAGGCGCGUGAUUGACACAGCGGACAUCGACGUCUCCACGCCGAGAACCUUAUCCGGGGACUCCAACCAUCAACAGAACCGUUUGCGCCGUGGCCGACCGACCAUCAGGAUCAGAUGUCAGGCGUUAAAAGACAACCCAGCAUUGCGCGAGCACAACGAACGUCACGAGAAGACGAUCGGCACGUUGCUACUUGAAAAGUUCCUGAUCAAGGAGCCAGAGCCCGAAGCAGAGAAGGAGAAGGAGAAAGAAAAGUCGACGCAACUGUUCCAUCAGGUCAGCUUGGACAGGGACUCCGACGACUCCGACAGUCUCCAGCAGGCAAACAAGAUCACCAGACGGUUCACUAGAAGAAGAUCAUCAACAGACAUCCAGCUAGACCCAGAGCAACUGAAGAGAGAAGUAGCUUACGCCCAGGUGCAGGCGAAGGUUCUGGACACGUUGGUAGCCGAAGAGCAGGCUGAGAUAGAAAACGAAGUCCGCCGAGGUACUCUGAUCAAAAAAGGCACGGUCGCUGGGUCCAAGGCUGCUCCUGGAUUCUUCAGAUCGUUGGACAACGACAAGAGCUCGCAGAGCGAGGAUUCUACCGCGCAGAAGAUCAGGAAGAGCCUGAAAAAGGUGAAGAAAAAGAAGAGAGCGACUGACAAGCCUUCGCCGCCUAACGAGGACAACAGUGAGAGAAGGUCUAGUACCUCCAGCGACGUGUCAGUGGAUCAUCAAUCCGAGGACUCCAGCGAAAAGAAGCCGUCCAGGCCGCAGGCGUUCAAGAUAGAAGCCAGCAACAGCGUCGGGGACUUCUCCACGGUCUGGGUGAACGCCGAGCCCAGCUCGAAUCGGGAGCAGUUCAGGGAGAGCGUGAGGAUCCCGAUACCUAGAAAACCAGCGCUGAAUAAGACUGACAGGGUGGAGGAGGAGGAGGAGACCGAGGUGGUGCUACCUGUGAAGAGGCCGUACAUUAAGGACACGUCGAGGAACAGCGUGUACUUCACGGUGAAGACUCCGCCAGAGAAGAGCGACCCGCUGAAGAAGCUGGCCAACGGUACCUUGAAGACAAAGGAGAAGCUAGAGACUUGUUUGAAAGACGAUGGGGCUGUCGGAGAUAGUCUUGAGGACUCUGCAGAGCUGAACGAUAGUCCAGAGACGGAGAAGACUGAACAAGACAAGAGUGUUCCGAGCUCACCGAAAGCUGCUUUCACGCUGAAGAAAGAGGACAAAGCUGAGGUGCCUAAAGCGGCCAAGAGAGAGGCUUCCGACGCGACUCGCGCGGCGGCGGCGAAAAAAGAAGAGGCGCAAAAGAGGCCAGAGCCCCCAAGACCUAGAAAGCUCGGUGUCGCGGGCCGCGAGCAGCCCUCCCCGACGACUUGCGAGUCGUCGAGCGCGACGGUAGCUGUUGACCCGGCCGCCAGUGAAAACAGCGCCAGCGGAGCGCUUCCAUCGGCCGCGGACAGGCUGCCAAAAGCGUCUAAAAUUAAUACGGAUGAAAAUAAUGCCGUAGAAGCGCCAAAGACAGCGUUGCGAGGGUCGGAGCGGCUGGCAAAGGCGGCGAAAACCGAGCGUGGCGAGGACGUCGUUGAUCCGUUGCCGGGAAACCAGGCGAACAAAGCCGCGACCUUGGCGGACGCGGUCACCGGGCCCGUCGAACGACCUCAGGAGCCGGACAGCCGAUCGGGCGACGCUGUCACCGGUGACGCAACACCGACCACCAACGACGUAACGAAGACGACCUUGUUAAAGGGGAACGAAGCACUGAAGAUCGAACACUCGAAAUCGAAUGCAGUUGACAAGUGGAAGAACGUUGAUAAGAAACCUGUAGAAGCUAAGUCCGCCUUGCUGAAGGGAAACGAAGCGAAGAAGAUCGAGGACUUGGAGAAGACGAAGGAUUUACCUGACAAGUUGAAGAUCCUCGAUAAGAAACCUGAAGCAGCCAAGUCUGCCUUGUUGAAGGGGAAUGAAGUGAAGAAGAUUGAAGACUUGGAGAAGACGAAGGAACCAGUUGAUAAGGGGAAGAACUUGGAUAGGAAACUUGAAGAAGUUAAGUCUGUCAAGACCAAGCCUGAAGAGAAAGCGAAGGACAGUGAGUCUCCGAAAACUGAGCCAGGAAAGGAGACGAAGAUUCCCUGGAGGAACAAAGCCUUGAAACCCGGCAAAGUGGCUGGGGACGUAGUUGCCCGCGUGGAUCAGGCUCCCGAGCCGAAGUCCUCGAAGAAGACGCCCACGGAGGAGACUGCUAGCAAGAUGCCGGUAGAGAAGCAGUCGAAGGUGUUCGAGUGCUUGAACGGCGAGGGGGGAGCGCUGUCGAAGAGCACGUCGACGGAGUCGAUCGACUUCUGGAGCGAGAUCAAGGGGCCGGACAGUCCACAGGUGGCGAAGGGAUUCAGUUUCGCAGCCGCGAAGAGCCCGGUCGAGGACCCCGGCGCGAAAGAAGAGCUGGACAAGAAAAAAGAGACUGGUCCUAAAAUAAGCGUCCCCGGCCAGCAGCUUCUCAGUAACAUCCCCGUGAGCGAGGAGAAGCGGAAGGCCGAGGAGAAGUCGGCUGAGUGUGUCGGCGAAGAGAGACCUGGCUCCCUGAAGAAGAAAGAGAUCAGGAAGAAGAAGAACCUGACGAUACAAAUCAACCAGGAACCGUAUUCUACCGUGAAGAAGGCUCCCCUGAAGAAAGAGGAUUCGUCUACGAUCUCGAAGCUGGUCGCCAGUCCUCCUGCUACUCCGAUGUCGAAGACUGUUGCAGUAAGUCCGGCGACAGAGCAGUACUCUACGGUGAAGAGGACACCCUUGAAGAGGGAGGAUUCUUCAGCAUCGACGAUCGCGAAGUCGAUCAUCAGUCCUCCAGGUACUCCAGUCUCUAAGACCAGUUCUCCGACAGACGCGUUCUCCACGGUGAAGAAGACAGCCUUGAAGAGGGAGGAUUCUUCGGCAUCGACGAUCUCCGCGAAGUCGAUCGGCAGUCCUCCGGAUACCCCAGUGUCCAAGUUCUCUUCCCCAGACGCCUAUUCGACAGUAAAGAAAACACCGUUCAAGCGAGAAGAUUCCUCAGCAUCGACGAUCACCGUAAUAUCAGUCUCCAGCACUCCAGACACCCCAGUGGCAGCAUCCCAAGUCUCCACGCCAACUCUGGAGAUCCCGUUGCCACUGAUAAACGUGGUAGCAGCCACGCCAACCACGGCCGACACGCAGCACGUCGAGGAAGACGACGAGGCGAAGACUCCAACCAACGAGUGGCCAGACGAUACACCGACGAUCUCCAAGUGGGAGAACCACACCGACCUCUCCAACGUCGACAGAGUAGACCAGCAGUUCGCAUCCGUCAAGGACAGCGAGACAGCUACUCCCGAGGACACUCCGGAAGGCACUCCGGAGUCCUCUAAAAAGAAGAAGAUCGUUAGGAAGAAGAAAACCUCGACGACCAAGAAGGCAGGUAGCAAAGACUCGAAGAAAGACUCCAAGAAAGAGUCUAAGAAAGAGUCGAAGAAAGAGGUCAAGGACUCGAAGAAGAGCAAGGCGCAAGAGAGCCUGAAGCCAGCAGAGGCGAAGUCCUCGUCGAAGAGCAACCAGAAGAGCACUCCCACGCCAAAGCCACUGGACCUCAUCAGGAUGUUCUACACGACGCCCACUGCGUUGCUGACUGCGACGCCUAGGGACCUGUCGAAAGUCCGUAGAGCGAAGGUCAAAAGGCGGAAGCAUCAUUCGAGGACACCGUCGGUGAGCAGCGACAGCACCGGAAGCACCACCAGUACAGCGACCACCGGAAGCACCGACGGCAGCAGGUCCACGUGCACGGAGCUGGACGACGACCCGGACAAAAGGAUGAACUCCACCAGGAGCAACGACUCCGGGUUCGACGGAUCGCCGAGGAUAUCUACACCCUCGCAAUCGUCGGACACCCAAAGGCAUUCGGACUCCUCGGACCAUUUCCCGAGCGGUCGAAUCACACCGCCAGCGACCAAUCUGCCAAGAUUCAAGAAGUACGCCGUCACGGACUUCAAUUUCCGCAAAGUACUUGGAAAAGGCAGCUUUGGCAAAGUGUUGCUGGCCGAGCUGAGAGGCACGGAAUGCGUGUACGCGGUCAAGUGUCUGCAGAAGGACGUGGUGCUCGAGGACGACGACGUCGAGUGCACGCUGAUCGAGAGGAAGGUCCUGACCCUGGCCACCAGACACCCGUACCUAUGCCAUCUGUUCUGCACCUUCCAAACAGAGUCGCACCUUUUCUUCGUCAUGGAGUACCUGAACGGUGGCGACCUUAUGUUCCACAUACAGAAGUCAGGCCGAUUCCCAGAGAACAGGGCACGUUUCUACGCGGCCGAGAUCUGGUCCGGCUUAAACUUCCUGCACAAAAAGGGGAUCGUCUACAGGGACCUGAAGCUGGACAAUGUCCUCCUGGAUUUCGAGGGUCACAUCAGGAUCGCAGACUUUGGCAUGUGCAAGCUGCAGAUCUUCUUGGACAGGACGGCGGACACUUUCUGUGGAACCCCGGAUUAUAUGGCUCCUGAGAUCAUAAAGGGUCUGAAAUACAAUCAGGCGGUGGACUGGUGGUCGUACGGUGUGCUGCUGUACGAAAUGCUCACGGGACAGUCGCCGUUCUCCGGCUGCGACGAGGACGAGCUAUUUUGGAGUAUAUGCAACGAGCGACCGUUCAUACCGCGAUACCUGAGCCAAGACUCCAUAGACAUGUUGCUGUGCCUUCUGGAGAAGGACGCUGGCAAGAGACUGCCCGGUCACGAGAUCUCUUAUCACGCUUUCUUCCAGACGAUACCAUGGGACCGACUGGAGAGGAGGCAGCUGGAUCCGCCGUUCAAGCCAGCGCUGGAGCACACGCUGGACACCAAGUACUUCGACACAGCGUUCACCGCGGAGAAGCCACGGCUGACCCCAGUACCUGACCAGAUCCUAACCUCGAUAGACCAGGGUGUGUUCCGUGGAUUCUCGUAUACCAAUCCGAACGCGACGGACUGACCGCGUUCGGGCCGCUCUGAACGAACAGUAACAGUUCCGCGCGUCGAUGGGGUUCGACGUGGUUCGGUUUCGUCCACUGGCGCCGAUCUCCCUCGAGUGAGCUGAUCACGGCUUGUUCCGUGAACGAGGAAAGAGUCCAGUCCCUUUCCCGCGCAGAACGAAAGAACGAGCCGAUUGUUUUCAGCCCAGAGGACGCGGCACGAGUCUACAAGCAAAAGCGUCCCGGGAGGAGCCAAGCUGACCCCGGGCAUCACUGACAGCGUACGCUACCGCUGUAGCGUUGCUAACCGAGAAACACCGAUGGCGACGUUCCUAAAGCCGCUCGCACUCGCGAGGUGUCAGGCAGAGAACCGAUUAUCGCUAGAUUUUGUAUAACGUAGAGGCCGCGUUGCGACAGAGCGGUUAGACCAUAGUCUUCCGGCGGACGCGCAAAGGGGAGCGCAGCGCCUACGUGUUCUCCAGGCCGGCAGAGUGCCAUGGCACCUCCUUUUCUAUGAACCAUUGCCGGACGCUGGCUCCCCAGGUGUCCCGUCUUUUAUAAACCCUCGCCCGGCCGUGGAGCAGUGUGCCCAUGGCCGGCUAACAAUUAUUCUGUUUCAAAUAAAACGUAUGGACAAUCCUGGACGCGUUCAGAAUUAUUUCCGCCGCUGACCGGCGGACUGCGGAUCUUCAUGCGUUUAUUGCUGGCGGAUAUUACCUUCGAGAUGUGAAGUACAGUAGGACCUUUGUGCAUUUGUUGUUAGCGGAUGUAAUCUUCGAGAUGUGGAGUACGGUAGGAUCCCCUGUAACGCGAUUAGAACGUUGAAAAAGUAGUAUUAAGAAUGAGAUUCUUUGUAAAUGAUAAUAGGUCGUCUUGUAAGUUCGGUGUGCAUGCUUCUCGCGUUACGGUUAACCACAGAGCGAUAAGGAGACUUGGCUGACUAAGACUUUAGGCUUCGGUUCAGUCGCUAGAAGCUGCUCGAACAGCGACAGUGAAAUUAUAUUUUACAUUUAAUAAGACGAGCUGAUUAUCUUGAAAGUGGCUUAAGUCUACUUUGAAAGAGGAUCAUGUUGGUUAUCACAAUUUCAGAUUACCUUUUAUUUAAACGGUUUUUUAAUGGACUCAAGCACUGUCAAAAUAAACGGUUCAAAUAUGAUUGUAUAUGAUAGACAAAUAAACGCCACGAACUUAUGGGACGACCCAAUACAAGCAGAGACAGAAGUUGGACCAGUACCAAAACAGGAAUUUAACGCGAGAUACG